AGUUGCCCUGCCUCUUGAAGAAGGCACUCUGGAGAGAGAGGUUCCACUCACCCGCUCCUGACCCAGAAUACUCUUUUGCCAGCCUUCCUGGGGUCCCCCAGCACCUAAGUGAAUGCUUUCCAGACAGCAGAAAUACCAAGAGUUUGGCACCUCCCUAGAAUUUAACAGGUUGUCAUGGCGACUAGCAAUGAUCCAGAGGAAGAGCAGGUUGUGCCGGAUACAGAAGAUGGAGCUGCUGAUGUGAAGGCAGUGCAGGCCCGGUAUCUCCGAAGCCCUUCUCCCAGCCAGUACUCCAUGGUUUCAGAUGCUGAAACAGAGAGUAUUUUCAUGGAUCCCAUUCACCUGUCAUCAGCUGUUGCUGCCAAGCAGAUCAUCAAUGAAGAACUCAAACCAAGAGAAGUUAAGACGGAUGCCAUGUGCCCUGGGAUGCUGGAGUCAGCAGAGCAGCUGCUGGUGGAGGACCUGUAUAACAGAGUCAAAGAGAAGAUUGAUGACACCAGCCUGUAUAACACGCCCUGUGUCAUGGACCUUCAGCGAGCUUUGGUUCAGGACCGCCAGGAGGCUCCCUGGAAUGAGGUGGAUGAAGUCUGGCCCAAUGUCUUCAUUGCAGAAAAGAGUGUGGCUGUGAAUAAGGGGCGACUGAAGAGGUUAGGGGUCACUCACAUCCUCAAUGCGGCUCAUGGCACAGGUGUUUACACUGGACCAGAGUUCUACAAUGGCCUGGAGAUUCAGUACCUGGGUGUAGAGGUGGAUGAUUUCCCUGAGGUAGACAUAUCCCAGCAUUUCCGGAAGGCUGCGGAAUUCCUUGAUGAAGCUCUGCUGACCUACAGAGGGAAAAUCCUGGUCAGCAGUGAAAUGGGUAUCAGUCGGUCAGCUGUGCUAGUUGUUGCUUACCUGAUGAUCUUCCACCAUAUGACCAUCCUAGAAGCCCUGAUGACCGUGAGGAAGAAACGCCCCAUCUACCCCAAUGAUGGUUUCCUUAAGCAACUGAGGGAGCUGAAUGAGAAGUUAAUGGAGGAACGAGAUCAGGACUAUGGAAGGGAGGGAGAGGAUUAUGAGGAUGAAGUAGGCAGAGGCUCUGCACUGGCAGGCGAAGGAGAAACAGGAAGUGUGUUUGGGGCCAGAGUUCACUCAAUUGUAGUGGAAGAAGAGGAGGACACCACCAGCACCCUGAGUGGUUCUUCUGUGAGGAGCUCUCGGAGGAUGUCCAAGCCUGUCACCCUCAUUGAUGAUGAAGAGGAGAAGAAGCUGUACAAGGACUGGAGGAAGAAGCAAGGCUUCACUCAGGAUAGGAAUGGCCAAUCACAAACACCCUUGGAUCAAGAAGGAGGGGAAGAGUGUGAGGAGGACCUAGAAAGGGUCAUUCAGGAGUGGCAAAGCCGAAAUGAGAAGUACCAAACAGAAAGGUCCCAUAGGUGGUCUAGGGAGAAAGAGGAAGACGAAGAAGAAGAGGUGGACAGAGACUCCCUCUUGGGGAGACGCAGGAGGCGCACAUUCAGUGAAAGUAGCACCUCGGAGAGUACCAUAAGCCGUGAUAUCCGGGUCCUGAAGAAGCAGUUGGAGCUCAGCAGUCGUAGGCAGACACAGAGAAAGCAUUCUGAUUCAGUGUCCUCAGAGAGCACUUGGGACAUGUGGAACCAAAGGUUGCUGGAGAUUGAGAAGGAAGCAUCUCAAAGAUAUCACUCUAGGAGCACUAAGGAGGAAGCUGAGUCCGAUUCAGAGACAGGGAGGAGACAGAGGGAGGAUGAUGAAGAAAGCAUGGCCUCGGAUGCCAGUUCUUUCUAUAACUUCUGCAAAAGGAACAAAGACAAGCUGACUGCCCUAGAACGGUGGAAGAUAAAGAGAAUCCAGUUUGGAUUUCACAAGAGGGAUUCAGAAGCAAGAGAGGGCAGUAGUGAACAAGGUGAAGAGACCACAGAGGGGGAGAAGAAGAACCUCUCAGAUGUCAACCUGACAGCCUACCAGGCCUGGAAGCUAAAACACCAGAAGAAGGUGGUAGGCAAUGAAAACAAGGAUGAGGUGGUGGAACUCAGUAAAGGGGAAGACUCAGUUUUGGCCAAGAAGAAACAAAGGAGGCUGGAGCUGCUAGAACGGACCAGGCAGACCCUGGAGGAAAGCCAGUCCAUGGAUAGUUGGGAUGCUGAGAGUACAGCCACCAGCAAAAGCAUUCCCCUGUCCGCUUUCUGGCCUUCUGUGGCAUCAGCCAGUGCUGAUGGAGAUUCAGGCUCUAUGCUGAGCGCACAAAGCAACAGGUCCCACUUGUCUCAGGCUCCAACCAAUAUCUCAGGCUCCAUGCCUACCAUACCUUUGCCCAACCUGCCGGUGGGACCUGGAAAUACCAUCUCUGUGGCCAGCAUUCAGAACUGGAUCGCCAACGUGGUCACUGAGACACUUGCUCAAAAACAAAAUGAGAUGCUGUUGCUGUCUCGACCUCCUUCUACUGCAAGCAUGAAGCCCACUCCCUUAGGCAAUGGCCUGGGAGAUGAUCAGAUCUCCUGCCUCAGUGGGCAGAGUGCCCAAUCCUUAGGUACCUCCUUGCUGACUCGUGCCCACGACAGGCCCAAUGCUGAUUCCCAGUCUGUGUUGUCCUGCAGUGCGAUUAGCUCAAGAACUGAAGGAGUCAGGGGAAAGGAGAAAGGAACAAGUAAGCUUUUCUACAGCCUCUUUGCAGAUGACGUUAACCUGAAGGAGCUCAGACAGAAGGAAAAGGAGAUGCAAAGUGGGAUAAGAGAGAAGAUGUCCGAGUACAAAAUGGAGAAACUUGCCUCAGACAACAAACGAAGCCAGCUGUUCAAGAAGAAGAAGGCAAAGGAAGAAGAGGAGGAGGAGGAGGGUGCUGGGGAAGAAGACACUGACAGUGCCAUAGGGAGCUUUAGAUAUUCUUCCCGCAGUGAGUCACAGAAGCCCGAGACAACCAUCUCCUCUUCCUCCUCCUUGGCUGUCUCUGAUCAUCGUGGAAGUGCCAAUGUGGCCAACUUAGAAAUGGACAGAAGUAUUAAUAGGUGGCUCAGUGGUCUCAAGACAGAAGGAGAGGUUCCUCCCCAAAGGAACUGGUCUAGGAGCUCUGGGGAGAAGUACUCCAGGUCAAGCACUCUCCGGGAGGUGGAGUCAGAAGCUUCCAGUUACAGGAUUUCCAAGUCCCGGUCAGAGGAGCGAGACAGCUCAUCACAUCAACAGUCAGAUGGCAACUCUGUGAGGAGUACCUCUAGAUUCUCUUCUUCCUCCACUAGAGAGGAUAGGGAGACAUACAAGUUCUCCAGGUCAAAAUUCAGGGAGACUUCCAGGUCUAGGGAAGAAAGCCCUGAGCCAUACUUCUUCCAAAGGAGCCCAGAACCUUCCCAGGGAGAAGAGUCCCCCGAACCCCUAAGACGGAGCUGGUCCAGAAGCCACGACUGGGAAGAUGUCGAAGAGUCAUCCAAAUCGGACUUUUCUGAAUUUGGAGCCAAGAGGAAAUUCACCCAGAGUUUCAUGAGGUCUGAUGAGGAAGGGGAGAGAGAAAGAACGGCAAACUCUGAAGAAGGAAGAUUUGCAUCAGGGCGAAGGUCUCAAUAUCGGAGAAGCACCGACAGAGAGGAUGAGGAAGAGACGGACGAUGAAGCCAUCAUCGCUGCCUGGAGACGCCGGCAAGAAGAAACCAAAACUAAGCUACAGAGAAGACGGGAAGAGUAAGGAGGGCAGGACAAAGUUUGCUGACGUGACUUAAGCAGGAAGAAGACAGAUGACUUCUAGGAGAGUCCCAAGGCACACAUCUGACUAUUGGACAGAGGCCCGUUUCCCACAGCCUAAUCCUCUAAGUCUCUGAGCUCAGGUAUUUGGGAAUGAACAUCUGAAGGCCAGCGUGCUAAACUUCCUGCAGUACCUGCUGUUUUGUGGGAAGACAUGCUUACAAUCAGUGUGGCUGUGAACCAGUACCCAGCAUAUGUAGCUCUAUAGAGUUUUAGAGAGAGUGCCAAGUCUUCUGUGGCAGGCCACUUAGUCAGGGUAGCAGUGAAUUCUGGUUGCGUUUUAUUUAAUGUAGUGACUUUUCAUUAAACAUGGGC